AUGACGUCAUAUUAAAACCAACUGUUCUUGCCGUUGUUGAGUCAUUGGGUACACAUUUUCUACUUACAUGCCGUAGUAUUUUAUAACAAAGACAAAUAAAUAUUGAUCCCACAUUUCUUCAAUAAGACUACACCUGUGUAAAUUUUUUAUUGUUUUCUACCUAACAAGAUGUACAUAAAAACGAGUAUCUGUUUAUUAAAUUAAAAAUGAAUGCGGAUGAAUAAAUGUCGGAAAAAAUGUCCUCAUGCACGUUGUGCUGACGCGCGUCAAAUGUUCAAGACAAUUCGGGGAAUGAUCAUGCAACAAAUAGCUGGAAAAUUUUCCCGAGCACUUUGUGCCGACGUGUGUCAAAUAUUCAAGACGUCUAGGUCGUACAUGGUGUUUUGUUAUGUUUACGCUGUUGUGAAUAAGGGCCAUCUGGCACACAUGAUACAAAUGUAUACCAGUCUUUUUUUUAACAGCUUUUAAUAAGUUUUGCAACAUUGUAACGUAAUGAACUAAAAUGGAUUAUGUUGAUAUCAACAGUCGUUUAAAUGUUUACUGUUUUUGUAAACAUUUUUGAGAAAACACGAAAUGCCACCAUUUAAACGUGAUACUCAUAGUUUCUAUAAAUGAUGUAAUUAUUUCAUUUCUUUAUACUUAAACAGUUCAAAUGUCAAGUCCUAAGCUUCGUAUGAUUACAGUAUUUGUCAUCAAUAUAAAGUUAAACUUAUUAUGCUGAUGUCAUCAUGUGCAAUGAUUGGCAUCAUUGCGUUUUCUAACUAAUUUGCAUGGUUAUAUAUUUUAUUUAAGCGUGUGGAAUAUUUUACAGAUUGUAGGGAAUUGUAAUUGCAAACUUUUCAUUUUAAUCUUGAGGCAAAGCAUGAAUUUUCCUUGUGUAUUCAUUCAUGUAUAUUUGUGAUUUAUUUACACAGACAUUCGCCAACUCUGUUUUCAAAGGUGCCAAAUUUUCUUGUGAUCGUUUUCGCCAUGCAUUGUUGAGAGACUUGCGGAAGAUGGAUGUUCAACAGCUGUAUCUUCAUCUAGGCUCAAAUGACAUUCUUACGAAUGAAGCGGUGUUUUACCGAGAUGUAGCUGACUUGUGCGAUUUGGUGCAUCAGGAGGCGCACAAUCGGUGUCCAGAAUGCAGGGUUGUUUGCUCCAACGAAGACGCUUUGCUGAGCCACUUCUGCAGUCGCCACAUCAAGCAACCAGAGACUGGAAAAGAGAGUAAAAUUAAGCUGAUAGGCUCACCAAUGAUUGCAUCUGCUAAUCAUGAACUCAACGAAGUCAGCUCAAGGAAGUGGAAGGCAUGCUUGGAAAAUAGAAGUUUCCAUUAUGAAGGAACAUACAAACAUUUCCCACCCACCAUGUGGAUCAAGAUGUUUGGGCUGAUGAUUCUGGGUCGUAUGUGUGGACAAGGUGGUCUUCAUUACAUCAUGAUGCAGCUGUGUAUUCAACAACAUGUUAACCUGUCCCAGCGGAUGUUGAUGCUCUUAAAUCUCUUAAAUGAUGUUGAGAAAAAUCCAGGACCGGAGUAUUCGUGCAAAUGGAUAUCCUGCAAGGAAGACUUCCACUCCAUAGGACAGCAAGAUGCACAUAUCAUCUCUCAUGUGGUUCAAGAGAAAUGCUGUAGAUGGUUAGACUGUACCAACGUCCUGAGCUUUAAUAGUCUUGAAAACCAUGAACUUAAACAUCUCUAUGAUGUGAGUUUAGCACUGUGUAUGAACUGGUGUUGCUUCAUUUUCUGCAUAUCUUUAUCUCAGUCUUCUCUAGUUUUGAUGGUCAAAUACAUAUUGUCUGCCAGUUUUUUUCCCCCAAUACUGCCGUUCAUCGUUUGCUUGCAUCAAGAGUUUUAAAAGAAAUUAAAACUCAUUUGUUUAGUUAGAAUCUUAUGAAAGACUUAAAUGGCCAUGUUUAAUACAAUUGUAUAACAACAUAUAUGAGCUAAAAAAAUAGUUGGAAUAAUUAAUGUUUAUAUGAACAUAACAAAUUUACUUAAAAUCAUAGGUCUUGUUUUUGUCUGCCACUAUAAGAACCAGAACAUAUUUCGGACAUUCGAGGAUUGACUUGCUGUGUUAGAGGAUCAUCAGGUGAUGGAAGAAACCAGGCUUUUUUCGACUCAAUGUUGAUGAAACCUGAUCGACAUGCUCAUCUUGGUUGAGUAAGCCUGGGUUGAGUGUUUCCAAAAAGUAGGUAACCUGGUGAAAUCUUAGGAAAACAUUGUAACCAGAUCCAGGUUUAUUUGACUGACAGACCGAUGGACAGUGGGUCAACCGUAAAUCCCUUCAUGUGAAAACGGUAGGGACAAAAUAAAUAUCACAUUGCUCUUCUGAGUUCAUUUGAAAACCAAGUUUUAUCACAAAAUUAAAAUGGUCAAUGUAUUAUUUUGUGUAUUUAAAAAUUAUGUGAAUAUUAAGUUUCAUGAAAUCUUACUGAGUUUUCUCAAUUUUAGCUACUAUUCGGACAUGGACUGACGGACAAAUGGGCAACAAUGUCGCAAUUUGUAUACCAAGUUUUAUAAGAAUUGUUUCAUAAAAGUAACCAAUGUGUCUGUUCUAUGUCAAGGUAACUACUAGGAUGAAAUACACAAAAAGAUUUU